CCGGCCUCCCCUUCAGUCUUGCACAGGUGUACAGGCUCCUCCCCUCCAGUCUUGCACAGGUGUACCGGCUCCUCCCCUCUAGUCUUGCACAGGUGUACAGGCUCCUCCCCUCUAGUCUUGCACAGGUGUACAGGCUCUUCCCCUCUAGUCUUGCACAGGUGUACCGGCUCCUCCCCUUCAGUCUUGCACAGGUGUACCGGCUCCUCCCCUCCAGUCUUGUACAGGUGUACCGGCUCCUCCCCCUUCAGUCUUGCACAGGUGUACCGGCUCCUCCCCUUCAGUCUUGCACAGGUAUACCGGCUCCUCCCCUCCAGUCUUGUACAGGUGUACCGGCUCCUCCCCUCCAGUCUUGCACAGGCGUACCAGCUCCUCCCCUCCAGUCUUGCACAAGUGUACAGGCUCCUCCCCUCCAGUCUUGCACAGGUGUACCGACUCCUCCCCUUCAGUCUUGCACAGGUGUACCGGCUCCUCCCCUUCAGUCUUGCACAGGUGUACCGGCUCCUCCCCUUCAGUCUUGCACAGGUGUACCGGCUCCUCCCCUCCAGUCUUGUACAGGUGUACCGGCUCCUCCCCUCCAGUCUUGCACAGGUGUACCGGCUCCUCCCCUCCAGUCUUGUACAGGUGUACCGGCUCCUCCCCUCCAGUCUUGCACAGGUGUACUGGCUCCUCCCCUGGACUGGAAUGGCUUCCUCUGAUGUCACCGCACACGGGGAGCUCCUCACAAUGUGCAUUAGAAGCUGCAGCCAGUCAGAAUUCCACCUCACUUCCUGGCUGGAGGACGUCCAG